AUGGAGCUGGAUAUUCGGCAGUAUCUUACCACGGCAAAGGAGCAACAAGACUCUGGAGCUUUACAGUCAGCCUAUCGUUUAAUUAACGACAUGACAGCAGCUGGAGCCAGAGGAGCAGCUCCACGCAUUGUUCCAGAGCUGUACGUUGUAUGUGCAGAAGCAGCUGUACAGCUUGGUUGUUUAGAGAUAAGCACAGCGUGUCUAAAGAUGUACUUUGAAAGGAAUCCGCCGGCGAAUCAAUUUUUGUGUCGAGCCCACCUCUGCCAGGUCCAGCUGAAGUCUCCGCCUCCCCUUGGGAGCUUGGAAGACUUAGAAGAGGCUGUGCUGUAUUUUCUUAAAGCAAUUGAAAUCGCAAAGCAUGAACCAAGAGACUUCUUCAUAGUGUUCAACGCUUCAGUGCUGUACUUCCAGACUGUGCGUCUUUUCCUGCAGCCGGGGUGGGGCUCCCACCUCGUCCCCUCCCUCAGGCAGGUGGUCCGGAGUCUGGAGGAGGUGGCAGAGCAGGACCACAGCUGGAGGGCUGAACUCAUGAUGCAUCUCAUCGGCUGUAUUGUUGACUCUGGGAAAUCAGAAGAUGCUGCAAGUUAUGCCAAAGAGACAGAAGGAUUCAUCAAGGCACACACCCCACAUCUUUAUCCAAGGCUCUUUAAGUUACUGGUACAACACAGGCUGACAAAUGCUGACGACCUAAUUGAAAAAAGCAUACAAAGCACUUCCUUAGCAGUCAUUUACAAAAUACAGCAAUUUAAGAAGUUGGAAGAAACAAAUGUGGACGAGCCAACAAAGCAGGAGCUCGAGCAGAUUCAUCUCCUUAUGGAUUGUACUAAAGCUUCUCCCACUCCACCGAUCUCCAGUCAGAGCCCAACACCCAUCCAACCAGCAGACAGGGUUGCCUUCUUCCUGGAGUUGGCUCUGCUGGCCUUGCAAGUGAAGCAUCAGGAAGUGGCGGCUGACUGUUUGAACGAGCUUAAGUUGGCGGGAGAGGCUAGUAUCGGCCAACUCGUACUAAUAGAAUGUGUCAACUGUGAGAUCAACCUCCUGAAGAGAGAAGCCAAGAGGAAUGACUAUUCCAAAGCCAGUGUGGAGGCCCGGCUGAGGGAGAUAGGCAAGCUGGAUCAGUGUCUGCAGACUGCAGUGGAUGGGGGGGACCUGCAGGCCAUGCAGGCAGUGUGUGUUACCCAGUGGAGCUGCUGUCUGCCCCUCCUGCAGCACAACCUCAAGAAACACAUCAAGAGGCCUCUGCUCAGGGUCUCCCACGUUCUGGAAGACACGCAGAGUAUGUUGCUGGAGAUGCGCUGUCAGGUCCACUCGGAGCUGGCUGUGAUUGAAGAGGAGGACGGGCGCCUUGAGGCGUCUUUGACUCAUCUUCAGAAAGCCAUGCUGCUGGAUAACGGGACACAACGAGAACGCCUGUCGUCAGCUGUCCGUCUCCUGCAGCUCAGAGGGACCCUCUUCCAAACGGCCUCCCGGGCCGAGGAUAAAGCCGCUCUGCUUAUGCAGCAGGUUAGGGACAUGCAGUUCCAAGACAGGACAGACAUUCGUCCCAUCCUGGUCGCUGUGGGUCUGCUUUUGGCCCCUGAUGGUUUCCAGAUGGUGCUGGAUGCCGACAACACUUCCAAAAGCAGUGGAGGAUCUGGAGCAGUGGCUCAGCUCUGUGCUAAGGCUCAGCAUCGCUCAGCCUCUGUAAGGAAGGUGGACGGAUACCUGGCCAGACAAGGAGACGACACAGAUAACUCAGAGAGGGUAAAGUUGUGGGCAACACUGGUGAAGAUGGCCAGGAAACAGGAAGUUUGGGAUGUGUGCCGAGCUGCUUGUGGAUUCUGUUUGCUUUACGAUGACGGGAGAUGGGAGAUUUCCAAGACUGACAAAUGUAGAUGCUCCGCAGAAGAGAGCUGUGCAGAGUGCCUUCACGGUUGUAAUGGAAGCCAAACAUGCGUGAGGGACUUGCUGCGCCUGUUAGCUGACGUCCACUUCAUCAGUGCUGAGGCCAGUGUCCAGAAGCUUCUGGCAGAGGGGGGGCAGCUGAACAGCCCCGUGGUCCCCGCAGUGGACAGUGAGAGCUGUGUGUCUGAAGAGGAUCCGCACUGGGUUGGUUACAGAGACCUGAUCCAGGCUCUCUCUGCCUACGCCACCUCCAGCUUCUCGCGGGCAGCGGAGCUUGGGGCAGAGAUCAGGGAGCCGUGGGUGGUAGCGAACGCAGCCGUCUACCUGUGGAACUACAGCAGCCACUUGUUGGCAGCUGGGGAGUACCAACGCCUGCUUCCCACCUUCCAGACUCUGGUGACUGGGCUCCAAAAGACAGAGUUCACCGGGAAUCGUGCUCUGUUUGUGCUGCUGUGUGAUGCCGUGGCCCGGGGGUUGAUUCAGCCUCUGUGCGGACCAGACGGCAUCGAGCCAGCCCCGCCGGCAGACAGGAGCAAAAACAGACCUGAGAAAGGGAUGGAGAAGGCUGCCAGCGGCCAAGGGGUUUUCUUAGACCCUGUUGCCCUUCAGGAUGUUCGCAAGGCAUUAGAGCUGUGUGACUACGCCCUCAGCAUAUCCACCUGCAACACCCCAGCGGAGAGCGUCCCCAUCGCAGCAAGGAAACAGGUGGUGGCCACAUGGGUGCAGACCAAGAGGCUGUUGCAGCAGCAGAUCGGCUCAAAGAUGGACACUAAAGAUGAGUGUGAGAAUGAGGAAGUGUCCGCCAUGACGCGAGUGCUGGUUGGAUUGGAGAUGCUCCAGUGCAACAGGAACCCAAGGCAUAUGGAGUUCUCUGUUCCCAGUCUCUCGGCACUGGUGAGCAUGGCCUCUGAAUGCAGCUGGACUGACUCUGUGGUGGAGUUGCAGGUGUGGUGCCAGCUGGCGGCCUGCUGCCACCACGCCAAGGACCACAGCACAGUGUUAUUCUGCACCAAGAGAGCUCUGCAGCUGGAGGGAGCCGCCGCAAAGAGCCUCAACACCAUGCCCUGUGUACUGUAUGGCCUGCCUGCGGUGAACGAGAUGCUGAGCAGUGCCGCUUGUCUGAUGGCUUUAAGUUUAGUCCAUGAGUCCAGCGGAGAUCUACACACCUACAGAGAGGCUCUGAAGGUGCUGCUGUCCAGCGUCAGCUAUGCAGAGAAAGCUGAGAAUCCAGCACUGUGUGUUGCAGCUGCCAGACACUACUGGAACACAUGUCUCCCCCUGACACACACUCCAGAGGAGAGAUGGCAGCUAAAGGAGCCCCUGGAGAGCAUCCUGACUGCUCUGCUUCACACCAACACCAAACUUGCAAACAAACAGGCCAAAGUGAAAGGUUGGCUGACCUUGACAGCAUUGCCUCCAGGGAGUUCAAAACAUGAAGCAACUGAGGACCUUCUCCUCAGAGCAGCCAUUUACGCUCUGUUGCUCGACAUCCACAAUGAUAAAGCAGACUGGAAAAGUGCUCUGCAGCUUCUGGAGCAAGCCAUUAGAGACAUGCCACGUAGCAAACACAGGCUACAUUUUCUGAAACACAGAAUACUGAUUAAAGCUCGUCUGGGGGAAAGCGUGCUGAUGGACAUGCAGAAGCUACAGGAUGAAGGAGAGCAGUGCUGUUCGUACAUGUGGCACCAGGUGGCGCUGUGUGCCCACGACACCGCCCAACAGCUCACCUGCUACCAGAAAUCCAUCACUUCUCUGUCGAGUUCAAAGGCUCAGUGGCAGAAGGCCAACCUACUGCUGGAGUUUGGAGAGUGGCUGUACUCUCACAACUUUCCCAAAGCUGAUGCCCAUCACCAGGUUCAGUGGGCUAUAGACGUCCUUCUCCAGGCAGAGGAAGCAGACGAUGAGUCGAAAAAAAGGGAUUUGAGCUCAGUGAAAUGUGAGUUUCUGGUGGGAGUCCACGGCUUGUUUUUGACAGACGGUUUGUCGAAUCUGAAAGAGGUGCGACGCCUCGAUGGCUUGGUACGCGCUCACACUCUGCUCGCUGUCAUGGCCGACAGGACUUCACCUGAGCACCAACAUAACCUGCUCAGAGCCUACACCUUUGUUCUUCAAAUAUGGCAGGUGUCCAUCGCUGUGGCUUGUGAGACUUCCAUUGAGAUAACAAAGAGCCAGACACCCCCGCCUCCUCCUUCUGCUGGAUCCAAGAAGGUCAAAGACAAGAGCAAGAGCAAAAAAGGAAAGGAUCCCCCCCCUGCAGAGGAGAGACCUAAACUGGUUGUCUUGGAUCAGGAACUUCCCUCCACCCUGAAGGACUGGGCUGGAUUUGUCUGUCCUGACCCGGCCAGGCUCAUCUUCAGAACCAACAGCAACCCCCACUGUAUCAACACACACAGCAUCAACCAGCAGACUCAGACUUUGUUUUAUCUGAACCUGCUGGAGAAAGAGCUUCACUCUCUCUCACUUGACCACCUGACUCUACCCAUAAUGCAUCUGGCCGAGACCAUUGCUCAUGACCUUUUGGAUAGGAGGAGCCUCUCCGACCUUUACCGACUCAGAAUUGUGAGGACCUGCAGUCAGCUCGGUUUGGAGACACAUUCACCAUAUCAGGAGAAGCUCCUGAAUCUGAGCAGAAUCCAGGAGCAAGAACAGAUGGGGUGCCACAAAGCCAUUGCUUUCUCCCAGGAGCGGAGAGGCCUUCACACAGCGCACAAUCAGAAAGUUCAUGUGGAUGAAGCAGCUGGUUCUGGGCCACAGUGCAUGGAUAUGUGUGUUCAGGACAUCUGGCUGGAUAAGGCGGAGGUGUGCCUCAGCAUGGGGCUCUGUCAGCCAGCCCGGCAGCUCCUGGCAGAGUCCCACCGUGUGGCUGCGGGGCUUGGAGACCAGAAAGCAAUGGCUAGAAGUCUGCUCAGUCUGGCCAUUUUGGCGUGUGAAGAGCAGAACUACGCCCAGGCUCUGAUCCUGUUGGACAAAGCCCGGGCUCUGGGAGGGGGAGAGGAGUUCUGGUACCAGCUCACCCUCACCACGGUCACAGCUGUAGUCGGCCAGAGAGACCCGGACGCACACUUCAAGGUGGAUCAGAUUAUAAAACAAAGCUGUGGAGCAUUGAAGCUGGUUCUGGAGCAGCGGGUGAACCGAGUCCCAGAGAUCUCUUUCCUUAUCACUUCAUUAGAGAUGAGAGGUGCCAUUGAAUGUAUUCGUUCCCUCGGUGGUGAACAUGGAGAGACCCUCAGCAGCAGCGAGGCGGUCCAGAGGCUGACGUCUGCCUGUGAAACACUCAGAGAGAGCGCCAGUGGCUUCACUAAACUGGGCUUCAGAGAGCAUGCUGCAGAGGCACAGGAGGAGUUUGCACACGCUCGGAGAAUCCUAGCCAGACGUUUUACCUCCGCUGAAGACAGGCAACGCUUCCUGCUCGAUGGCCUGUCCCAGAUGCAGCUCGCGGUCACAGAGCAGGAACACGUGGCACUGAAUGCUCAGAGGCUGCUCCCCCAGCAGGAGGAGAGUCAUGGCCUGUCGCUGGCGGCCGUACGGAGGCUGCUGCGCCUGAGGCUGGCUCUGGCAGACUUUAGUCUGGCCAUCAUGGAGGAACACUGUGCUGAGGAGAAACGCGAAGCUCUGGCCCGCCAGAGGAAGACUUCUGCUGAGGUGGCACUGCAGGAGUUCACACGCUGCAUGCCUGAGCCAGGCUCUGUAGAACAGGAAUGGGUGACUGUGGGCUCCACCUCGGGGCAGCUGGCUCUGGGUCAACUUUCUGCAGUCAACUCUCUCUCUCCGGACAGUGUGGAGAGCAGGGCGCGCUGCCUGAGUCUGAUGGGGAAGUUCCUCAGACUGCUGGCUGUGCAGGAGGACCCCCCCUAUCUGUGUGCUCUCUGGGACUCACACACACAGAAGGAGGCCCAUGCUGACCCUAAAGCUGCUCCCGCGGUGGAACAUUCAGAGAAAGACGGAGAAUCAAGCAGAAAAAAUCCCAGGGUGACGCUUGCCAAAAGUGCUGAGCUGCAGCAGAGGAGGCACAGAGCCCAGCAGCUUUUGGCUCAGGCCAGUCAGGCGCUGACUGAAGCCGUCAGCCUGUGUCUCCAACACCAGCUGCCCCCCCACAUCCUGGCUGAAGCCUCUCUCAACAUGUUGGAGUGUCAUGGCCAGUCCGACCCUGCAGAGGCAGGUCAAUAUCUGGCCCUGUUCCAGAGCUGCUGCACUGCUGCUACCGUUGCUGAGCUCCUGAGUCGUGCAUGUUCUGGCUCCGGUGUGUCCCAGCUCUCCGCUCUGCUCAACCUUCACAGGAAGCUGCUGCUUUCUCAGGAGGAGAGGCCCAGCAGCAGGCUGAAGGGAGUGCAGGACUCCCUCAAUAGCCUCUCCAAGGCCUUCAGCCACCUGACCGUCCUCCCCGGCCACCUGCAGAUCCUCGCAGAGCUCCCCCCGAACCUGAGAAUCCUGCUGCUUCAGCACUCAGAGGAUGGCUCAGAGCUUUUUGGUGCCUUCUAUGAGAUGAACAGAGCUCCACAUCAAAAGGGAAAGACCACGCAAGGAACAGGUAGCCUGACGUGCUCCAAGGUGGCAAAGGUUUCUGUCUGCCCCCGGGCUCUGCUGGCGCUGAGGGAGCAGACCCGGGCCUUUUGCCAGGAGACGAGGCACGCCCUCCUCAGGCACGCUGCUGAGGGAAGGACUCAGCCCUCGGAGGAGCCUUGUGUGUUUCCCCGUAAAACUGCUGCAGAGGAAACGUUCGGACCUCACUUCAGAGAAAUUGUAGCAAAUAUGGAAGACUAUUUGAAUCCACUCCUCACACAGUUUGACUUCUCAUGCUUAAGGCUGCAGACUGCAGCACCACCAGUCCCUGAGAUGACCAAAGCCAGAGAUAAAGAAGAGAAAGUGAGCUCAGAAUCAGGGGAGUAUGUGGUGUUGCUGGCAGACAGGAAGUUGCUGGAGUUGCCGCUGGAAGCCCUGUCCGUGCUGCAGGAGGAAUGCCUGGACUCUGUGUCUCGAGACUUCUCCCUGCAGCUCCUCCACAGCCGCCUGAUCAGAGCAGAGCCAGACAAAGUUGAAAGUGACAACAAAAAGGAGACCAAAGGUGGCAAGGGAACGAAGGGGAAGGCAGAUCAAAGCCAAGCCAUCAAAGUGAUUCCUGUGAACCGUGUGCUGCCUCCAAACACCUUUCCAGUGGACAUGCGUCAUUUGAAAUAUAUUGUUGACCAUCACAAUGAAGGCACCUUUGAAGGGACCAGCUUAAGCAGGGGGAUGAAGGAGAUUUUGGAAACCCACAGCCAGCAUUGCACCCAUCUUUGGGAGGGCUUCAUGGGAAGCACAGGAACACCCAGUCUCUCCGAGGUGGAGCAGCUGCUGUGCGGAUGCAGCGCCUUCAUUUAUCUGGGGAUGGAGCGCUUCCUGGCAAACAUUCCACCUGGCAAACUGACAGCACUGAAUCUGUGUGAGUGCCGUAUGGCUCUUCUCUUUGACCUGGUUCAGAACAAUGCCAGUGUUCUCCGCCAAUCCAGCCUUGAUAUGCACAAGAGUGCACGACAGUUGGACCUGGAGAAGCCCCUGCAGACUGCCCUGCUGCUGAGUGUGGGUGGAGUUGGCUCCAUUGUGCUAAACCAGUGGCACAGCAGCCUCCAACAGAACACACACAAUCUGGCCGAUGUACUAGAGAAUCUGCUGAGGGUCAGACAGACAUCUGGCCAGAGCAUCCAGGCCUUGAGGAGAGGGGAGCGUUCAGAGACAGCACAGCACAAGGUUACAGGAUCAUUUGAUCCAGCUCUCCUCGCUGACUCAAAGGAAGAGGAUGAUGUUCACCAGCAAUUAACUCUCACACCAUCAGCCUUCAACUGCAUUCUAUAUGGAUUACCUAACCUCAUAGUCUCGUAAUAUACUCUACAUGCUCGCUUGUAUUUCACAGUUCAAGUUGAUACAUGCCACAUGGCUUUGCAAUAGUACUGAAUGCAAACACACUAAGCCAGUGUCGUAUG